AUGGCAGCUAUGGAAUUUGAUUUUGAAGAAGCUGAUUUACAAGCAAAAGCUCAUCCAGGAAUUAAUAGUGGGGAUUUGGUUAAAAAUAUUAUAUUAAUUGGAAAGGAUGAAGAAUUAAAUGGAUGUAAGGAAGGGAAAGAAUGUAAAGAUAAGAAGGCAAAAUCUAAGCAGAAUCGAAGAUAUGCUCCGAGAAAUGAAGAAAAAUGGGAAAUCAUCAACAAAAUGACAGACGACAUUAAUGCUAAAAAAGGAAGCAGGAUUGAAAAAUAUGGAAGAAAAAGUAUUGGCAAUAAAAAAAGGUUUGAAGGAGAUGUGGUUGAAGAAAAAGAAGGGGAAGAGCUUAACUUGGGUAAAAACAACCAUGAUCAGGGGUUACUGAAUUCAAUCCAUUCCGAGACUAUAGAGGCUACUCCCACUGGCCAUAUUCUUGACCAACUAAUAAUCUUCCAUCCAAAUGACGGAAAACGUUCUCGAGAGAGUCAGAUUAUAUCUCAAAUGUUGUUGCCUGAUGGAGGUUUUCAUGGAAAGGUAACUGGUGAUGGAAAAAUAGAGCAUAGAACAGCAGAUGAUGAUUGGGUUCUCCCUGAAGUUGAAACGCAAACAGUGUCAACGGAUAGAAUAAAUUCUUCAUCAACUUCAUCCCAUUCUUCAACUCCUUUGUCCAUAUUUCCAGCACCAGACUUUUCGAUAAUCAAGCCUGGUGAUCAAGUACCUCAACAAAAAAUUAUACAACGAUUAGAAGAAGAAAGGAAACGGAUAGAUGCAGGUUGA